GAAGGAAAAUUAAAAUACAUGUAAGUAGUUAACAGUUAAUGAAGCUACUGUAAUUGCAAAGCAAGUAUCUGGGUUAAAACAUGGUACCCAGAACUGCAAUUUUUGCGAGAAAUGCUAAACAAUCUCACUCUCUCGCCUCUUUAUUCCUUAACCCUGAACUUGAACAUAAAGUCAAGAAUGAGUGCAAUUCAGGCUCAAUUUCUAAGCUAAAAUCAUAUUCAGAUGUGUUUACUCUGCACAGCAAGAUGAAACAUGCUGGGGUAAGCCCUAACUUAUGUACACUCAAUAUUGUGAUGAAUUGUUGUUGUAAUUUGAAGUUAAUAAAUUGUGGGUUUUGUGUGUUUGGUGAAAUUAUGAAGAUGGGUUUUGAGCCUGAUUUGGUUACUAUUAGAACUUUGGUUAAAGGUAUGUGCUUGGAUGGACAGGCAAUGGAUGCACUCAAACUGUUUGAUAAAAUGACUGUGAGAGGGUUUCAAUGGGAUAUUCGCUUGUAUAACAUUGUAAUUAGCGGGCUUUGUAAAAUCCGCAAAACGGGUUGUGCUGUUGAGUUGCAUAGGAGGACGGUGGAUGAGAAUCGUAACGGUAAUUUAUUCACUUAUAGUAUGAUUAUAAGCUCUCUUUGCAAAGAUGGAUUGGUUUCUAAUGCAUUGGAAAUGUUUGAGGAGAUGACCAGUUUGGGAAUCUGUCCUGAUGUUUUUGUUUACAGUUCUGUGAUUGAUGGGCUCCUUAAGGUGGGAAAACUAAAGGAAGCGAUUAACGUUUUCAAUCACAUGGUUGGUCUAGGGAUUAAAGCUAAUUUAGUUACUUACAACUCUAUGAUUCAUGGGUUUUGUGGAUUGGGAUUAUGGAAGAAAUCGAUGAAGAUCAUUAAUCAAAUGGUGGCAGAAGGUAUAGUACCAGAUGUGGUAACGUUCACGACAUUGAUCGAUUGUUUAUGCAAGCAGGAGAAAGUCAGAGAAGCUUGUGAAAUCUUUCAUUUGAUGAUUAAGAAUGGAAAAGAGCCUGAUGAGUUUACUUAUAAUUCACUUUUGAAUGGAUUGUUUCGAGCAAGAAGAUUUGAAGCAGCCAAGGUAUUGUUCUAUGAAAUUCCCACUGUGGGUUUAAUCCCUAGUGUCAUUACUUAUAACAUAAUGAUCGAAGGUCUUUGCAAGGAAGGUAAGCUAUUUGAGGCUGAAAAAAUGUUUGAACAAAUGGAAGAAAGUGGUUGUGACCCAGAUGACAUCUCGUUUAAUAUCAUUAUACAAUGUUUUCUACAAGAAAAUCAAGUUGACAAAGCAAUGGGAUUUCUGAAAAGAAUGCGGAACAAAAACUUGUCUCCAAAUGAAAGUCUUAUUUGUAAGUUGUUGCAGCUUUCCUUGACGGAUGAACGAUGCCUCAGGACACUCCAGUCUUUACCAAAUAAUUCCCUAGGUAAUUUGUUGCAGAAGUCUCAGAAACAUGUUACAACUGUGACCUAAUUGAACUCAAAUGUUCUUCU